AUGGACGAUAUCUGGGAGGAACCAGCUGUCGUUAGUCACCAUAAAACUCCAGCUCAGAACUCGCUCUUCCUUGAAAGCGACGAUGAGAAUCCCGUUCGGCCACCGGCGGCGUCCGCGAGAGGGCAAAGGAGACAAGAACCCGUAGAAGAAGAUCAAGACGACUUUGUGGCAGGUUUAUUCGACGAUAUCGCUCCCGUCGACAAGACUCAGCCGCACACAAACAGAACAUCUGCUCGUCCACAACAAACUCAGAGCGCGACGGGCGCGUCAGAUAUUAAGAAAGGUACCCGGGAAAAUCGGGCGGGUCCGGAAAAGGGGGAGGACGCGUCGAAACCGGACGACGAGCCAAAGCAGAAGUCAAGAACGAUAGCAAAAGUAGACGAAGAGACGGUAUGGAGUCUCUCAUCAAAGUUUCGCAUUCUCAUGGAUCAAAGACUACUUGGAGAUCGGGGAUUUCCUGCUCUGAUCAAGGAAGCGCAACAGUUCAAGCCCAAAGGCAAAGGCCACGAGGCUGCAGAUCUGGAUAGGCUCCUAUCGAUAUAUCAAUUCUGGGCACACAAUAUGUUUCCAAAGACACAAUUCCGAGAUACUGUAGACCGCGUGGAACGCGUUUGCAGGUCUCGAAGAAUGCUAAUCAACAUGUCCAUGUGGAGAGAUGCCAAUCGUACUAGCAAUCAUACAGGAAGAGACUCAAAUAAAUCCGACACAGACGAAGAAACCGACAAAAAAAGAAACGAGUGGACAAAGCAGAAUAGCUCCCGCCCCAACAAUAGCCACCAGACGGUUGACGAGGAUCUAUGGGAUGAUCUUGAUGACGCCAUAGAGCAAGCUCAAGAGCAGGAACGUCGUGGGGAAACCUUGCCUAUAGCAUCAAAGGAAGGUCCCCAGUCGAUACCGGACGAUGAUGACCUCGAAGAGUGGUUCAAUACUGGCCCUACGAUAUCUAAUACUAAAUUUAUUGCGCACCCAAAGCCACCAGAUGACAUGGAAAUAGACGACACUCCUCCACAGCGAAGAAUGCUCUCACCACCCACGGCGGACAAUUGGGACGACGAUCUCUUUGCUUAG